AUGUGGUUCCUAAGGAAACACAACGAGGCAAUCGCUGAGAUUGAGAAGCUGAAAGUGACCAAUCAGGAGCUGGAGACAAAGCUGGAGCAGAUCCAACAGGAUCUUCAGGAAGCCCGGGAUCGGCCGGUGGAUCAACAAGAGGAAGCAGCUGAGCGAGUGGAGAGAGAAGGACUUCAGAGAACUCGCUCCAUCCGACGCCGUGUGACCCAAAAACCGACCCCCCUGGGAGAGAAUCCUGCACUCGCUCACCUGAGGGUCGAAGGCCCGGAUGUAACCAUGGCAACAGGUGGCGAUGGAGAUGGAGUCAGUGAGGGACCAGCAGCGUCUUCAGGACGUGACGGAGCAGCAGAGAGAAUGAAAGAGUUACAGGAGGAGCUUGUCUCUCUGCGCAGUAAACAGGAGGCGGCCAUCACUGAGAACCAAAAACUCAAAGGGACCAAUCAGGAGCUGGAGACGAAGCUGGAGCAGAUCCACAAGGAUCUUCAGGAAGCUCGGGAUCAGCUGGGGGAUCAACAGGAGGAAGCAGCUCAGCGAGAGGAGAGAGAGGGUAAACACAACGAGGCAAUCGCUGAGAUUGAGAAGCUGAAAGUGACCAAUCAGGAGCUGGAGACAAGGCUGGAGCAGAUCCAACAGGAUCUUCAGGAAGCCCGGGAUCGGCCGGUGGAUCAACCAGAGGAAGCAGCUGAGCGAGUGGAGAGAGAAGGACUUCAGAGAACUCGCUCCAUCCGACGCCGUGUGACCCAAAAACCGACCCCCCUGGGAGAGAAUCCUGCACUCGCUCACCUGAGGGUCGAAGGCCCGGAUGUAACCAUGGCAACAGGUGGCGAUGGAGAUGGAGUCAGUGAGGAACCAGCAGCGUCUUCAGGACGUUACGGAGCAGCAGAGAGAAUGAAAGAGUUACAGGAGGAGCUUGUCUCUCUGCGCAGUAAACAGGAGGCGGCCAUCGCUGAGAACCAAAAACUCAAAGGGACCAAUCAGGAGCUGGAGACGAAGCUGGAGCAGAUCCAACAGCAUCUUCAGGAAGCCCGGGAUCAGCUGGUACAUCAGCAGGAGGAAGCAGCGCGGCGAGAGGAGAGAGAAGGACUUCAGAGAACUCGCUCCAUCCGACGGCAUGUGACCCGAAACCUGACGCCCCUGGGACAGGGUCCUGCACUCCCUCACCUGAGGGUCGAAGGUCAGGACGUGACCAUGGCGAUGGGCGAUGACGUUGAUGGAAUCAUUCAACAAAUAGCAAUAACUUCGGUGGGAAUCAGCAAGGAUCCUGACCAUCUCUACAACAUCAUGUUUGUUGGCAAUGCCAAUGCUGGGAAAACAUCCUUCAUCCAGCGGUUUUACGAUGAUAGUUUUGAGCCUGGGAUACCCUCCACAGUAGGUAUGGCAACAAUGCAUCGUCCCCAUCUGCUUCACCAGUGUCCUUCAGAGAAGGAAAUCUGCCGUCUUUGCCCAGUUUGGGACGAGUGACU